GACACGAAGUAAAGGGAAAGUUUGGCGCAGAUUGGACCACGUUUUCAGCAAUCAGCAAAUGGUGGACAGUGUCAACAACUUACAUCUCUCAAUGCUGAGUAAGGGUGCUUCGGAUCACAGGCCUCUUCUAUUGGAACUUGCUGUUAAUUCUUAUAAUGGCCCCAAACCUUUUCGUUUCCUGGACAUGUGGGUAUCACACCACACCUUGGAAGGCACAAUCAGGUCUUUCUGGGAGGAUAACAAAACAUUCAAUGGCAUGUCAGGACUUGGGCAGAAACUCAAAGCACUCAGGUCUAUUCUGACCAAAUGGAGCAAGGAAGAAUUUGGUCAUGUUUUUCAUAACCUUAAGGAGGCUGAGUCCAAUGCUAAGAGGGCUCAGGACUCUUUUGAGGCUAACCCAAACCCAGAAUCCUUGGUUGAGUUUAACAAGGCCAAUGCGCAGCUACUCCUACUCUCCAAAAGAGAAACAGAAUUCUGGCGGCAAAAAUCCAGCAUCAAAUGGUUAAAGGAAGGUGAUGCUAGUACCAAAUUUUUCCAUAAUGUUGUUAAAAAUAGGCGUCAAAAAAUUCACAUAUCAUCAAUCAAGGAUGAACUUGGGAAGAUAUACGAGGGAGACAACAACAUUGCAUCUCAUGCCAUAACAUACUACACCAACAUAUAUUCUCCAGAGCCAGUAUGUGAUGACAAUCUGUUGUUUUCUUAUAUACCCAACCUCAUUGGAGAAGAGGAUAACAAUAUGAUUUGCACCAUCCCACUUGAAGAGGAAAUUAGAGGUGCGGUCUGGGACCUCAAUGCCAAUAGCGCACCCGGGCCAGAUGGAUACAAUGGGACUUUUUUCAAAACUUUCUGGCACAUUAUAAGGGAUGAAGUCGGUAGAGCAACUCAGGAAUUUUUCUUGGGACUGCCAAUACCUAAAUCCUAUGGGGCCACUCUCCUCACGCUGAUUCCAAAGGUGGAAAACCCUAAAACCCUAGGAGAUUUCAGACCAAUAUCUCUUUCCACAUUCCUCUCUAAAAUCAAUACCAAGAUAUUGGCCAAUAGACUGGGUUGUCUUCUCCAUAAACUCAUCAGUCCUGAACAAAGUGGGUUCCAAGCAGGUAAAGGGGUGGAUGAAAACAUACUCCUCACCCAAGAGAUGAUCCAUUGUCUAGACAAUGCAUCUGGUAAUGCCAACAUUGCUAUCAAGGUGGAUUUUGCCAAGGCUUUUGACAGAAUCUCCUGGGAGUUUCUUGAGAAAGUUCUCAGCUCCUUUGGCUUCUCUCACCAAUCUAGUAAACUGCUCUUAUCUACUCUUAAGGCAACUUUCUUCUCCAUCCUCAUUAAUGGAUCACCACACGGUUUCUUCAGGAUGAUGAGAGGGGUCAAACAAGGAGACCCCCUCUCCCCCCUCCUCUUCAUUAUUGGAAAUGAAGGUUUAAGUAGGUUGAUCAAGGCUAAGAUUCAGGAGGGCUUCCUGAAAACCAUAUCCACAGGGAGAAAUAGGCCUCCCUCACACCUAGCCUAUGCGGAUGACAUUAUUUUCUUCCUGAAUGGACAUUUCAGAAAUCUUCUCAGAUUCAAAGGGCUCUUAGACUGUUUCCUUAAAGCAUCAGGCCACCUCAUCAACCUCAACAAGAGUCACUUCUACACAGGAUCAAAGGUGAAGCCAGAUAUCAAAAGCAACAUGCGAAGAGCUCUCAAAAUGGAAGAAGGCAAGCUCCCAUUCGUAUACUUGGGGGCAACAAUUGGCAAAGGGAAGAUUAAAAAAGAAGAUUGCAUGAAGAUUAUAUUACACUUUGAUGCCUACCUUAACACUUGGCAUAGCAAGGUUCUAAACCAAAUGGGGCGCCUGAUUCUCAUUAAACAUGUUUUAAGCUCUAUUCCUUUACAUAUUGUUGCUGUCCAACAGAUGCCAAAGUCAGUCCACAACUUAUUAAACAAGAAGAUGCAAAAUUUCCUUUGGGGGUACAUAGAUGGAAGGCCAAAGUACCACUGGAAAUCCUGGAGAAGUUUAUGCUACCCAAAGUACGAGGGAGGGUUGGGCAUCAGGCACCUGGAAGAUGUUGAAGCUGCCUACUCGGCCAAAAUAUGGUGGAAGAUUAGAAACUCCCACGGCAUAUGGGGAGAUUACAUGAGGAGCAAAUACCGUCCUGCCUCAUUUCAAGAAUGCCCUACGGAUACAGUGACUUGGAAGAGGGCUGCACGAAUUCAUACCUGGGCUAUUCAGCACGUCCACAACACAGAUGAUGCCGAAACAUGGGAGGGAGAACCUUUCACCACCAAGAUUGCUUAUCACUCCUGGAGGGAAUCCAAACCUACUUCUCUCGUUAGCAAGAUGAUUGAGCUCACGUACAGUUAUCCAACAGAUUGGGAAGCUUAUUCAGGCUUGGGCAUGGACUCACUGACAAAAGAAAUGGCUAAUUCAUGACAAAGACUUUGACUCUUGGGAGAUUGAUAAAUUUUGGAGGAAAGGAAAAAAGGCUUCUUCUUCUUUCUGAGCUUUUGAAUGUGUAUUUUUUAUCUCGAGAUUGUAACUCUUUUCCUUAUCAAUAAAGAUCUUUAAUUAAU